AUGGAUUCUCGACAACCACCGCCACCGCAACUCCCCUUUGCACGCAACGCUGCAUCGCCGUCCUACGCUCGAUCGCCUUUCCCUCCCGUGUCGAAUCCGAGCUCGGUAGCCAUCACGACGUCCUCGACCUUCCAUCCGGUGAAUCCCGCGCCUACAGGUCCCGCUGCUGCAUACAACGAGCACCAGCGACGGCUGUCCGAUACAAAUCCCUACUACCCGCAAUCACGGCCGCCCUACGCGUCGGAACCGACGUCGCAUCCCGCGCCCACCCAUUCGCGACACCAGAGCUCGUCCUCCAUCGGUACCCCCUUGACUCGGGCUAUGCCUCCGCCGUCGCCUCCUCAACAACAACACCCGGCCCAGCAGUCGCCUCCAGCUCCUCAUCCUCCUCCCCAUCAGAUGGGCCAUUAUGGGGGUCCACCUCCACCGAGGGCUCCGCCCGUAAAUCUCGGUCCUCCAAGCGCCUUCCCAUCGGGCCGGGAACUUCCCGCGCUCAACUCGAUUCCUCGGACGGGCGGUACGGGGGGGAGCAUGUCGAUAUCUUCCAUGCUUGGCGGCCCUCCUCCAUCGGCUCCUCGCGAACCUACCCCAGGUCAUCCGUCGUCUUUUCCGCCGCCCGCCACCACAUCUGCCGUCUCGGCACCCACAUUUGCGGCGUCCGUUCAGGCCUCCCCUAGGAUGCAGAACGCAAACGAUUAUCCCUCCUAUGGCCGCAGACCUCAAACGCCCGAACCGGGUAGACCGUUUGAUGCGAGGGAUCACAGAGGCAGCGCCGCUGGAUCUCCACCUCAGGGUAUGUACGGAACCCCUGAGUUAUCUCGUUACAAUACCCCGCAGGCGUAUCCUUCGCGCCCUCCCCCUAUGCCACCGCUCGAAGAGAGACGGGAGCCGCCGGGGAGGAUUCCGGCCGCCAACGUACCUCCUCGACCUAGUAGCCAGCCCAGGUCCUAUCCCGGCAUACCUCCAAGAUCGGUAGAAAUGGGAAGGGCCCCGCCACCAGGAGAUCCCGUGUACGUUAGGCGAGAAGACCCGCGCCCCCCCCCUCUCGCGGAGUACAAUCCAGACCGACCGCCCCGUGGCAUACCCUUCGAAGAGCAACGCCGUUUCGUGUCCGACCGAGAAAUUAGAGAACAGAUGGACAGGGAGGCCGAGUUCAGAGAGCGGGAGCGAAGGGAGAGAGAGAGAAUGCAUUUCGAGAGCCAGCGCCCUUUCCUGGCGGAAAGAGAACGCGUCGAAAGAGAGCGGGAGAGGGAGAGGGAGGUGGAGAGGGAGAGGGAGAGGGAGAGGGAGAGGGAGAGGGACAGAGAGCGGGAGAGAGAGAGGGAACGGGAGAGGGAACGGGAGAGGGAGAGAGAGAUGGAAAUGCAUGAGAGGGCAAGGCGGGAAAGGACGACGUCGGACCCGAGUCGCCCACAUGCCCAGCACCUGGGCGACCUAGGUCCCCAGGGUCCUCCCCCACGACAGCCUCCGUAUGGGAGGCCCGACCCUCGAGAUCCCGCCCCCUGGCAGCAGCGACCGGCCUACGAUCAGCCGCCGAGAGAGGCUUACGGCCCGCCGUAUCCCGGCCCCCGACCAAACGACAUACCUCCGACGACAUCAGCAGUACCUUACGGAUCCCAUCCCGCCUACGCCCAGCCUCCGCCUCACGAUCGAUUCCCGGCGGCCGCCCCGCCUCCACACGUCUUGCCCAUGGGUCAGCCAGGACCUCAACCUGCACAUGCCUUCGAGUCUCCCGACAGACAUCGAUUCGUUCAGACACAUCCUCAACAGCAACAGCCGCCGCCACCACCGCCGGCGCCGCCUGUUCACAGGGGGCGACCAAACGAGGAAGGUCCGCCGCCGCCUUCGGUCGCUUAUAACGGAGGGCCGGGCUCGGCCACUUUCGAGGCAAGUCGGCCGCGUGGCAUGGAUGAGGGGCCACCUCCUCCUGCUGGACACCAGAGAAAUUUCCUUACCAUCCAAGAGAUAAACCGCAAGGGACGAGUGUCUCCCUUGCCGCAGGCAGUCCAGGGCGCACAGCCUCAGCUCCAAGGCCCUGCCGGCGAGCCGGGGAUUAAAAGUGAAUUCGGGCGUAUGUUCUCUGGAAUAGGGAGCGGCGUUCGCGGCAUCAAUGUCCCUAGCCCAGUGCCGUCCGGCGCGCAGCCUCAGUUUUCCAACGCCAGCUUGGUCCGCCAUAGCGACGACCAUCCGAGCCACGAGCUGCUCCCAGACGCGCCCGUAAAGACGGCGGCGAGGGGAAAACGGAGGAAGGCUAAGGACGAAGACGGUAAGGGUGAUGAUGAUAGCACCGGAAGGAUCACGCCGGUGGGCCGGGCGAAGAGACCCAAGACUCACGCCCACCACCAUCACCAGUCAGUCGCGGCGCCGUCUUCGAAGCCGGCGGCACCCGGUUCGACCGUCAUCCCGAAACCGAAGCAGAGGAUCUCGUCUCAGGCAGUCCUCGACAGCGUCGCGGAUCGGCCGCGGAAGCAUCUAGGAGACGUCGUGUACCAAGUGGUUUUGAAGCCAGCCAAAUUGUACUCAUCUCAUUCUAAAUUUGGUUACUCGUCUAAUCCGCGCCCGCUCCCAAUGGAAGUGAUCAAAGGUAACGAGAAUUCGACCCUGACGGUCAAGAUCCCGCGUGUGCACCUGAGCUCCCCUGCCCGCGAGGAGAUCACGUCGCGUCGAGCUGUCUGGGGCACGGACGUCUACACGGACGACUCUGACGUCGUCGCGGCGUGUAUACACGCCGGCUGGAUUCGGGGUCAAUGGGGCGAGGACGUGGAUGUCGAUUUGCUGGACCUGUACAAACCUCCUGCGUCGAAGAAGCAUCGCGGGGCGCCUGCCGAGCAGCAGCAACAUCUCGAGGUUCUGACCGCACCCCCGGCUUCCGGUCCUGCCCACGUGCCCACGGAUCGCGACCUGCAUGUCACGCUUCUGAUCUUGCCUGCGCUCGACAAGUAUAGCAGCUCAACGCGUUUCGGCAUCCAGAGCCGCGAGUUCGGCGGCACGUACAAUGGACGGAGGUCGAUACACGACGGGAUCAGCUUCAUGAUCUUGAGCGUGCGUUGGGUCGACGGCGCGGCUCCGCAGAGCCGACUGCGAGGCAAGGCACGCAGGGAGCGAAUCCGGAAGGCGAUGAGCGAGGUCAACCGAAGCCAGGUUGUGGACAUUGGCGAGGGAGAAAUCCUAGCCAAGCCCGUUCUGGCAAGGGACGCCAGCACCUGCAAGGAGCAGAGCGGUGUUACUGGCAAGAGGGGGGCCGGAAACGGGGAUGGAAAUAAGGAAAACUAUCCCGUCUCGACACGUAUCGUCCCUUCGCCAGGCCACCGACCUCCGGGGACGGAAACGGGGCCAGACGCGGACGGCAAGGUCAACGAGAAGAGCGGCUCAGCAGAGAGCCAGGACGUUACCAUGGACAAUAGCACUUCGGUCGCCACCAUUAACGGCGGAGAACGGCCACACAAGCGCGGGACCGACGAGCUUACAAAGUAA